CUCUGGAGGGUCGUGUAAAAUGAAGCCAUACGACCGUGGAAUGGAGUGCUAAAUGAGCUAAAUCCCUCAUAAAAAGCUACCUAUGCUCGUAGGCUCCCUUGAGCUCAACGCAAAAAGUUUAACUUCCAGUUUUAAAAGCCUUUAUUUAGAGAAGGGAGUAGGCCUGGGAUAAAGCUGGUAUUUUAAUUUGUUUGCCUGUUUUUUUGAAGACUGAACUGUGAACGAAAAUCAUAAAAAUGGAGGAAGUUGACAACAUCAUCAUUCACACAUUUCGUCAGAUUGGUUGUGACAUAGAUGACGACACAGUCAGCCUGAAGCAAUUCUCAACAGAGAUGAUUAUCGGGGCAACUGUUCGAUGCUUGAAGAUCAUCGAUGAUUCCACAAGUUUACCUCAGAGCCUACCUCCUGGAAUGUCAGCCCGCUUCAGAAUGGGAACAGACCUGGCCAAUGCACUUGUGGCUCUUGGUUACAAGGGUGAGAUGGGGUACCAGACCUUCCUGUAUUCCAACGAGUCGGACAUCAGGAGAGUUUUGAUGUUUCUUGUGGAGAAGUUGCCGAAGGAUACUGCAGUCACUUCAGAUGAGCCACUAGGUAAAUCAGCGUUGCUUAGUCGCUCUAUCGCUGACAGCAUCUCAGACCAGAUUCAGAGCCCUUGGAUCCCUCCUUGCUGUAAGAAGCGAGGGAUAAGAUGGAGGACUCCAAAGAAGUGGAAUAGGGAGGGUGCAAGUGGAGCACAUGUCUACCACAGUGUUGCAGUCACAAUGCCCAAUGGCUUAGAUGACCUGUCAAGAAAAAUACCCAAAGAAGUGAAAAAUUACUACACUAAGGACCUUCUACUGGUUUCAUGGCAACCACCUCGCCAUGAGGAUGUGGCAGCAUCUCUACUUGAAACUAACGCUGUAGACCUCACAGCAGCUCAAGAGUGGGAAGCAGAAUGGAACAGUGCUGGUUUACAAUCCAGGCUUACUCCUCAGGAGUAUAAAGCUCGCAAGAAAGAGCGACUUCAGAAGAAGAUCGCCUCUCAGUUACAGCAAGAUAUCCAAAAGGCUGAGUCUGGUGGUUCAUCAUCAGCUGGGGCAGCAGACCUAUUGCAGUUUCUUAAUAACUUGAGUGAUAAGACGCCAGGGAAACAGCAAGGCAAGGGCUCCAGGUUCACCCAUACCUCAAAACUCCAGUUUGCUCAGGAUGAUGAUAAGGCUAUAACCCAGAUGGGAAUAGGGGAGGGUGUCCCCCGGGCCGACACCGAAGAAGAGCUUCGUCAGAAGAGGGAAGAUGAACAGCAGAAUCUACGAGACAAACUCAGCGAACUGACCAAUCAGAUGGAAGCAAUGGAGCUCAGCAUGAAGAAGUUUGGAGCUGGGAUACAACAGAUGGAAGAGCAGAAGUUGACAGAGGAGAGGAAUAACGAGGAACAGGAAGAUUCUUACAGAGUGAAAAAGAGAACGAUGGAUCUAUUACCAGACGCUGAGAAUAACAUUGCUAAGCUUCAGGGAGUUGUUGAGGCGAGUGCUCAGCGAUUAGUGAGUCUUGCCAAACAGUGGGAGAAACACCGAGCUCCACUCAUUGAUGAGUAUCGGACAUUGAAGGAACAGAAUGCCAGCAAAGAGAGUGAAUCAUUGAAGAAGCUGGAAGAUAUACAGGAGCUCCGAGACAGGAUGAAAGAUGUAGUGGAUGAAACCAGGGCCAAGGAGGAGCUACAAAAACAACUUGCAGCAGAAUACGAGAGGAUGACAAAGGACGUCAAUCGAUCAGCUUACACUCGUAGAAUCCUGGAGAUUGUGGGAAACAUCCGCAAACAGAAAGAUGAGAUCCAGAAGGUUCUUGUGGAUACCAAGACGCUACAGAAGGAGAUCAACCAUUUGUCCGGUAAACUGGACCGGACAUUCACCGUUACUGAUGAGCUUAUCUUCAAGGACGCUAAGAAAGAUGAGUCUGUGCGCAAGGCGUAUAAAUACCUGGCAGCUCUACAUGAGAACUUUGAUCAACUAAUUAAGACUGUUGAAGAGACAGGCAGCAUUGUGAGGGAGAUUAGAGAUCUGGAGGACCAGAUUGAGUCGGAGAGCAACAAGAAGACCACGGCCAACUUAGAGAAGAUCUCUGCUGAUAAUAAAGAAAUGAAGAAAGAAAACGCCACUCUGCUCGCCAAAGUUAAAGGCAAAUAACAACCUCAAACUGUAAAAGUAAUAAGGCCUAAUGAUAAUAUUCAACCCAACCAACCAUUUUGAAACUAGAGUACAAUUAUUUUAUAAAACAAACGUUUUCUUGACCGACUGCAUGUUUCACUACUACACUACCAGCGCCAAGUUCGUGCAAGAUCUAACGUUGACAAUAGUUCAACCGUGUUAACCCAAACUCUGUCUAGUGGACAAAAGUUGUACUAUUCUAGUCGACUAUUUGGAACCAGACUUUGGGCAUGGUCACAUCGCUGGUUAUCAAUAUCCAUUUUCAUAGCACAGUGCAGAUUGAAUCUGUUAUCAGAAAACGAAAACGUGUGUGAGCUGCUGAUCGUGUCGACAUGACAUGACCUUAUUCAAUUGCAAUAUAACUCUAUGCGCAUGCUCAACAUGUAACACUAUAAAACCACCAGUGAACCAUUGAAAACAUUUGCUACGAUGUUGUAAGGUUGAUUUGAGGGCACUUGAGUGGCUUUAGGUAGAAUUUCAAAAGUUUGCAAAAGCCCAUAGUCAUCCCAGACUCGCACAAGCAUCACAUACAGACAAAUCACUAUAAAAGGCGGGCAAAAAUAAUGCUGACCUCAAUUGUCACAGUAAAAUGCUCUUGUUUGAAUAGAGGCUUUUGCAACUUUUGAAAUUCUCCCUUAAGCCACCAAAGUACCCGCCAAACAACAUUGUAUCCCAACAAAAAAGGUAUCAAAAUGCGCAGAAAAUAACUGUGCAUCUGAGAAAAAACUAUUUGAGGUUCCGAUAUAUCUGACCAUUUUUAAAUGUUUAGAUACUUUAUUGGGGCAGUUUAUUUGAUAUACAUGUACUUGACUUAACAAAAACAGUGACCACCGUUUGGAAAUUAACCUUUUUUUGAUAAAAGAAUAUAACUCUGUCCCAGGUAUAUCAGAAUGUUUAUAGCAUCUUAUUAUUAAUCUAUAAUAAAUAUAUUUAACCAUAUAUUUUGUAAUUUUUUAAGCAGCACUGAAAAUAUGCCAAUGAUCAGAGUUCAGUGUCAUCAGAGCCUUAGGAUGUGAACCUUUAAUUUGCUUUACGUUCAAAGUGUCCGGGAGUUUUUUAAAUAUGUUUUUAUUUGCACUGGAAAUGGGAAAACUCUAUUAUGAAACUCCUUCGGAUGUCAGCUGAUUGCGGUUAAAGUUGUAACAAAUUAAAUUGGUUAAUUUCUGGGUUAAUUGCAUUGCUUAAAAGAUCUGCUGAGCACAAAUGAGCAGUAAACCAGUAACAAAUGAUACAUGUGACAUGUCAGUUUAGCUGGUAACCAUUAUCUGGUAAAUCAAUAUGUUUUUUGUGAUUAGUCACUUUUUGUGACUAUAAAUCAGAUACUUACUUUUAUUCCAAUGAUCAGAUGUGCGUUGUAUCAAAAAUGUAUUUUUCAAUUAUUAAAAAGUAAACUCUAUGUGAAAUAAAACUAAAUUAUGAGAA